CCUCUUUGUAAUGUAAUUUUCCAGACAAUGAAACCACUCAAUAAUUACUUUACCUUAAUGAUGUUUUUAUUCUUACAAAAUAAAAUCUUGCAGUUGCUCAAUUAACACAAUCUAUUCAUUACAUACUUCUAACUUAGUUACGAAGUAUCCAAGUGGACACAUUUAGUGUGAUGAUACCAUUUGAGUUUCACUGAACAUAAGUUCUACCAUAUAUUGUAGAAAUGUAUUGCUUUUUCUACAGUAAAGGAUGCUGACUUUUUUUCUAGAUUGCUCAGAAAUUAUCCAUCAUCAUUCCACCAUUUGCUCUAUGUCCACCAUGCCUUUAGGGGAGCUGCCACUUACAAAAACAAACAAAAACAAAACAAAACAAACAAAAUAAAACAAUGUCUGACAUCUGCAGCAUUGCUAUUGGUUUCGCUUAUGUAUUUGGCACGUGUAAUGAUGUUUGACAUCAUUUGACAUCAUCACAAAUAAAAGUGACUCUAUACACUUCUUUAAUUCAUCUAAAGCUCCUGUGGAUUUCUCUCAUGUUGCUGUUGAACAGUUUUUUUUUUUGUUGGUUUUUGUUUUUCUGAACUGAAUUGUUAGUAACCUCAUAACUAUGAUCUCUUUCUGGAUAUUUUACUUAGAGCUGUCUUUGGUACUUAACCUUGAUUUCAUCAGCUUAUUGUUGAAUCUUACUCUUCGGGAUCUUUAUGAGACCAUGUUUGUCUAAAUUGUUCGUGCGAAUAUGUUGUUGCUUUUAUGAGAUUUGACUGAAUCGUUUUUGAACUGAUACUGUGGAAGUGUUGAUUUCUCUUGGUAAAUAUUCAUAAAAUGUUCCGAUCAAGAAAAUUGAAUUGUGUUGUUUAUUCUUCUGCUUUAUGGCUUCGUGUAUCCGUGAUAGUCCUAGUGACAAAUGUUGUCCCUCAAAUCAGUGUGCACUCUUUAUUGUUUCAGUGGAGCGUUGUUUGCUUGGGACUUAAUAUUCAGUGCUGCUGUUUAUUACUCUAGUUGCCAUAAUUAACUCAUAGAAGUCCAAGACUAAGUUUUGAAGCUGUUUUGUUGUUGCCGCUUCGUUUAACAAGCAUUUUUUUUUUUUUUUUUUUUAGAAAGAGCUAAAAAAAAAAAAAGAAAAGAUAGUUUCCCGUUGUUAUAUCUGAAGAAAUACUCAUGGUGUCAGUGUGUACCAAGAAACGAGAAAGCACACUCAUUCCCCACCCUUCUUGGCCGACGAGUUCAGACCGUGGUUGUGCUAUUGUACUGCGGUUUGUAAAACGCUUCGUGACAUGACAUUAAUGUGAGGACUGGAGCUCACGUUUUGCAGUUAUUUUACGUACUCAGCAGCGGUAAAGUUAAUGUGUUAAAAAUGGGAUGCGGUACAUUUGCACUGCUCUGCGGUCAUCCUUUUAUUUUUCUGGCUCUCCACCUCGUCAAUGGAGACGUGAGCUACUCUAUCCCUGAGGAGAUGAAACGCGGAUCUGUAAUCGGAAAUAUUGCAAACGAUCUGGGACUAGAUUUCGGAAGAUUGUCUGCUCGCAAGGCCCGUAUCGAUGCCGGGAAUUACAACGUGAAGUAUUGCGGGGUUAAUCUCAAUACCGGAGAUUUGAUUAUACAAGAACGGAUUGAUAGAGAAGGUCUUUGUGGUAAAAAGGCAUCAUGUGUUCUUAUACAGGAGCUGGUACUGGAAAACCCAUUGGAGCUACACCGUAUUAGUAUCCGUGUUCAAGAUAUCAACGACAAUUCACCACAGUUUAAAGAGGAAUCGCUUAAAUUCGAGAUUCAGGAAUCAGCUGACAAGGGUUCUCGUUUUCUUCUUGAUGAAGCACACGAUGGCGAUAUCGGAGAGAAUACAGUUCAAGACUACUCCCUUCAGCAGAAUGAAUAUUUCAAAUUAAAUGUAAAUUCAAAAGGCAGUGGUCGAAAAUAUGGGGAAAUGAUUUUAGAGAAAGAGUUGGAUAGAGAAGACAAAAAUGAGAUUGUGUUGUUACUUACCGCGUUUGAUGGAGGCUCUCCUCGGAGAUCAGGCUCUGUAGUCAUACACGUCACCGUAUUGGAUAAUAAUGACAAUGCACCAGUGUUUAGCCAGACAGUGUACAAAGCCAGUUUGACAGAAAACUCUCCUGUGGACACAUUGGUGACUAUAGUGAGUGCAUCAGAUGCAGAUGAGGGAGUGAAUGGUGAAGUUACUUAUGGAUUUGACCAUGUUUCAGAUGAAAACCAAAUUUUCACUCUCAACCCCAAAACAGGAGAAGUCAAAGUAGCUGCAGAUAUUGAUUAUGAAAAGGAGACAUUCUAUGAAAUGCAGAUCAGUGCUAAAGAUGGAUUAGGAUUGGCCUCAUAUGCAACUUUAAUUAUUGAAGUGACAGAUAUAAAUGACAAUGCCCCAGUUAUACAACUGAACUCCCUGUCUAACCCCGUACCUGAGAAUGUGUCACCUGGUACAGAGGUGGGCAUCAUUAACGUACAGGACAGAGACUCUGAGAAUAAUCGACGGGUUCGCUGUUCCAUCCAACAAAACGUCCCUUUUAAGUUGGUUCCUUCUAUCAAAAACUAUUAUUCUCUGGUGACCACAGGACAACUGGACCGUGAACUAGUGUCUGAAUACAACAUUACAAUCACUGCCACUGAUGAGGGCUCUCCACCUCUGUCCUCCUCUAAAACUGUUGAGUUAUUUGUAGCUGACAUCAACGACAACCCACCUGUGUUUGAGGAACAGUCCUACAGCGCAUAUGUGAGUGAAAAUAAUAAACCUGGCUCCACAUUAUGUUCUGUUACUGCUCGAGACCCUGACUGGAGACAAAAUGGUACAGUGAUUUAUUCUCUGUUAACUGGUGAGGUGAACGGUGCUCCAGUGUCCUCCUAUCUAUCUGUUAAUGGAGACACAGGUGUGAUCCAUGCUGUGAGAUCGUUUGAUUAUGAACAGUUUAGGAGUUUUAAAGUCCAUGUGAUGGCCAGAGACAAUGGUUCUCCUCCACUCAGCAGCAACGUGACCGUGAGUGUGUUUAUAUCAGAUGUGAAUGACAACUCUCCUCAGAUACUGUACCCUGCCCCGGAGGGCAACUCAUUCAUGACUGAGCUGGUCCCCAAAGCUGCACAUGGAGGCUCUCUGGUGUCCAAAGUGAUAGCAGUGGAUGCAGACUCUGGACAGAAUGCCUGGCUGUCCUAUCAUAUAGUCAAAUCCACUGAUCCGGGACUUUUCACUAUUGGUCUCCACAGUGGAGAGAUCAGGACACAGCGGGACAUUUCUGAAUCUGACAGCAUGAAACAGAAUCUUAUUGUGUCAGUGAAAGAUAACGGACAGCCCUCUCUCUCUGCCACCUGUUCCAUGUAUUUACUUAUUUCUGAUAACUUGGCUGAGGUGCCAGAACUGAAGGACAUUUCUUAUGAUGAGAAGAAUUCCAAACUGACGUCUUAUCUGAUCAUUGCUCUGGUGUCAGUGUCCACCUUCUUUCUGACCUUCAUCAUCAUCAUCCUGGGUGUGAGGUUUUGUCACCGGAGAAAGCCCAGACUGUUGUUUGAUGGAGCAGUUGCCAUCCCCAGCGCUUAUCUCCCUCCUAACUAUGCAGAUGUUGACGGCACAGGAACUUUACGCAGCGCUUACAAUUAUGACGCCUACCUGACAACAGGUUCAAGAACCAGUGACUUUAAGUUUGUGACAUCUUACAAUGACAACACGCUGCCUGCUGACCAGACUCUGAGGAAAAGUCCAUCAGACUUUGCUGAUGUGUUUGGAGAUUGUGACAGUUCUCCCGAGGUAAGCCAGUUUUCAGUUGCCUUUAUCACUGCAUCUCACUCAAUACAAUUAAAAUUAAACACUUAUUAUAGGUGUUUAUAAUACACACAUCUUCCUAAGUGUAAGACAAAAAGUUAUAUUCCUGCAAGACCAAAAUGUUUGCUUUUAGUCAUGUCACACAGGCAGCUGCAUUGCUCUCAUUUGUGUGUGCUGUUGCCUUUAUACUCCAUGAAUAUUGAUAGCCAUAGCUGCUGCUGUACAGACAUUGCCUAAAUAAUGCAUAAUCAUAAGGUGCAGAAUAUUACACUCUGCAGCAGAAUGUGCUAAUUUGUGUGAGCAGGUGAUGCAAGAUACAGUCAU